CCGUGUGGCAGUACCGCCCCAGUAGCGACCUUCAGCCCUUCCCCGCCUCACACCCCUGAGAGCGGUUGUCCCUUCCCCCAUGUGCGGCAGCUCUAGCUGGAGGUGGCAGCGGCAGCAGCGGGGAGCCCCCUGCCCGGCUCAGUGAGUGACCCCGGGAAAGUGUUGGGCGGUGGGAGUCUCUGGCCGGUCUCAGGGCCGGGGGCUCUCCGGCCGCAGGCGGGGACUUGCUGCCCGGCGCGCCUCCAUGCGGGGCCUGGGUCGGGACGGCGUCGCGAUCGUUUGGUGCUGGGGACGCGAUUCGAAGGAGAAGGGCCGUUUCCGCCUGCGAUGUUAGCUUGCUACUAAUGGGUGUGAGUAAACUGGAUAUUUUGUACAGACGGCUUCUACUCACUAAACUUUUCAUUCGAGGAUGGGGAAGACCAGAAGAUCUGAAAAGAAUAUUUGAAUUCAGAAAGAUUAUUGGAAACCGGGAAAAAUGCCAGAAGCUGGUUUCAAGAGAUUAUCCAGUGUUCAUUGACAAGGUUGAGGAGCAAUCAGACUGUAAAAUACUCGAUGGGCACUUCAUUUCCCCUUUGAUUCACUACAUUCCCAAUAUCCUGCCAACUGAAUCCAUCAUAGCAAGGUUUCAAUUCAUAAUACCCAAGAGAUGGAACAGCAAAUACAAACCUGUGUGCAUUCAUCUAGCAGGCACUGGAGAUCAUUACUACUGGAGAAGACGCACACUAAUGGCCCGUCCAAUGAUCAAAGAGGCUUGCAUGGCUUCUCUAUUGUUAGAAAACCCUUACUAUGGCUGCAGAAAACCUAAGGACCAAAUAAGAUCAAGUUUAAAAAAUGUCUCGGACCUGUUUGUAAUGGGAGGAGCUCUUGUUUUAGAAUCAGCAGCGCUUUUGCACUGGCUAGAGAGAGAGGGCUAUGGACCUCUAGGGAUGACUGGAAUAUCCAUGGGAGGACAUAUGGCUUCACUAGCAGUGACAAACUGGCCUAAACCAUUGCCAUUGGUUCCUUGUCUUUCCUGGUCCACAGCUUCUGGUGUCUUUACCACGGGUGUGUUGAGCAAAGCAGUGAACUGGAGAGAGCUAGAGAAACAGUACUAUACACAAACUGUUUAUGAAGAAGAAAUCAUUCAAAUGCUUGAAUAUUGUGGAACAGACUCUUUCAAGAUGGGACAAGACUUCGUUAAAAAUUCCCCCAACAGUGUGGACAGUCUGAACAACCUAGCUCUGACUUCCAGAAUGUUGAAUCUGGAUACCACAAGCAAAAUUCUGUCUACAGAAGCCAUUCACUGCCUUAGCACUAGCAAAAGUACUCUAAGUGCCUCAUCAGAAAGACUCUUACUGCAAGAUGCUCCUAAAAUGCAGUGUAUAAAUCAAACAUUUUCAACCAGCAGCAGUAGCAAUAAGAACUUCACCAGUCUGCAGGAGCACCUGAUAAGUGAAGAAAGGAAAAGGGACACUUUACAGAGAGAAUCACUAAGGUUCAUGAAAGGAGUUAUGGAUGAAUGUACCCAUGUAGCUAAUUUCUCAGUUCCAGUUGACCCAAGUCUAAUCAUAGUUGUUCAAGCCAAGGAGGAUGCGUAUGUUCCACGAACUGGAGUGCGCAGCCUUCAAGAUAUAUGGCCAGGAUGUGAAAUCAGGUAUCUGGGUGGAGGUCAUGUCAGUGCCUACCUCUUCAAACAAGGACUCUUCAGGCAAGCCAUUUAUGAUGCAUUUGAGCGCUUUCUCCAAAAAUAUGCUGUUUAAUGGUCUUCAUUAUUAAUUUGCUCAAUGUGGUCUUGUGUGAGCUUUCCAUGUCUGGAAUUGCAUAUUGGCGUGCUUUGGAAAGCCAGCCAAUUACACCAAUACUGAAUGGAUGGACACCAACACUGAAUGUCAUACCCAGCAAUUAUCAAUAUUGGCAAAGCAUUAAUAAUAGUAGUUUCAGUUCAACCAAAUGCCCAUCUAAGACAUAUCUGCAUUAAUCUGAACCAUGAAAAUUUUGGUAACAUUUGUUAAUGUAUGAGGGAUUCUAUGUACUUCAUAUCAUCUACUAUUUUAUCACUUCACAUAUGACAUUCUGUUCUGAAGUUUGCAUAUCCGCUGUAAAAAGACCAAUAGAAUGCCAAUAGAACUGUUCAAAUCUAUCCUUUAGAAUUUUAACACUUCUAUAUUUAAUGCAUUGCUAUUUUUUCCAGUUACCAAUUUUUUCCCCGCCCACACUGUUUUGCCCGCUUUUUCCUGUGCUGUUCCUAAAGAUGUUUUUUAAAAGGAACUCCUCCUGCAAGCCCAACUUCAUGUGUUUCAUUGCCAUUGUUUGCGAUUGUCCCAAAUUCAUUGUCGUGAUUUAAAACUGCAGGAAUAAAUAAGAGAAGAUGGACAGCAAUGGGAAUAGAAAAGUCUCUCUCAAAAAAGUGUUAUCUAGGAAAAAAGUAAAUAAAGGCAUAUUUUAUUGA